UCGACUGCCAUGACGGACAUUUUGUCAAAAUUGUCAGGCAGUUUUGACAAAGCCCAAGCUGCUGGUGAUUUGCUCUUCUUCUCCUCAACCAUCGUAAAAUAUCAGGAGUCUACCAGUCCAAUCGAGUACGAAAUCCGGCUAUGUCCUGCGCUACAAAACAAACCAGCGCUGCCAACACCACACUUCAAAGGAACGCCCGAGCAAACAAAGUUCGAUCCGUUCUUACCACCGUACAAUCCGAAUCUGUGGAUUGGGGAGCUGAGUGACGCAGAUAGCGGGGAGCAAUACGUCGUUCUGCUCAACAAGUACUCUGUUGUCCCCCGACACUUUCUGUUGGUGACCAAAGAAUUCCGCUCACAGGCGUCCCCUUUGACCCCUCCUGACCUUGUUCAAACCUACUUACUGCUCGCGGCUGGUCGUAAAGCGCGUCAACCACUAUUCGCUUUCUACAACUGCGGGGACAUCUCUGGCGCCUCACAGGCACAUAAACACGUCCAAUUCCUGCCUCUAGACGACGAGGACGGACCCCCAGUUGAGUACGCUGCGCGGAAUGUCAAACUCGAGACUCCAGAUCGGCCCUUCACGCUCCCAGUCCCAUACGCCAACCAUGUAUUCCGGCUUCCGGACCGACUAUGGUCAUCGUCGCCAGAUCAGCUCGAACCCAUCUUAGCAGACGCGUUCCUCAGUUUACUUGAUCUCGCCAUCUCGACUAUCAGACAUGACACCGAGUAUCCCGCCAACAAGCCCUCAUAUAAUGUGGUGAUCACGCUCGGGCACAUAUAUGUUGUUCCCAGAAGGCAGGAGGCCCAUAUGUUGGCGGAAACAGGUGAUGAGUUGAGUGUGAAUGCGUUGGCAUUCGCUGGGAUGUUGCUGGUGAAGAGCGAGCGAGAGUUGGAGGCCGUAAAGAAGGAGGGUGUGGGCAACAUUCUGCGAGGAGUUGGGUUAGAGAGCGUCCAUGACCUGCAGGUACUUGGCACGGCUGCAGAAGCCCGCGAUGAAGAAUGA